AUGUCUACCUCUAGUCCAAUUGUUCCUCCAAGAAGCUUUUUCAAGUCCCGUGAUGAAUUGUGUGCUUUUGUCGCUUAUAAAAUGCGAAGAGCUAGUGAAUUUUUCACUUUUAAAUGUUCGCUUUAUCAAAGGGAACUAAAACUAUACCUUCCUGAACCCGUACCUAAGCAUAGAAGAUGGAUAGACACGUUUGAUUCUGAUAGCAUUGUACUCAUACCAUUCAGUAAAAUUGAGAAGGAGGAAAUAGAGUUGUUCCGAAAGUACAAGCCUCCAAAUAUGGAUUUGGAUAAUAUAUUUCCUUCAGACAUGCUCCAGAGAUCUUUCAAGAAAAGGAUAUCUAAUUUAUUGACAUCUUUAGUAAAUAAGAUUGUAUUUUUACUUGUGCUUAAGCACGAUACUUGGUAUGUACAUCAAGAAGCUAGAGAUGGUAUUAGAGAGUAUUUAGUUAAUAAAAUAUGGCCUAAACAACCUCAUAUGAGACUCGUAUACAGGGACCAUGUAACAACUUUCGUGGACACACGAAUAAGGCAUUUUCGUGAUUCAGUAGGAAGAUAUUUUAGAGAUUUGCAGGCAAAUAGCAAGAAUUGUGAAGUAGUAAGCAAUAUGAUAGUCACAAAAAACUAUGAAUUGUCUGAAUUACAAGAUAUGAUCAGUCAAGCAUUAGAAGAGCAGCAACGCCUAGCAGAAGAAGACCGCAGGGCUGAGUUUGUGCACUCUCCUCAAAGGACAAAUAACCUAACUUUAGAAAAAAGGCAGAGAGACGAUAUUGGAGAAUCUGCAACUCAAAUAAAGAAAAAUAAAGCUGUUGAUUAUCAAAACCAGAUAUCGGUAUGUACUGAUAAUACACCAGAAAAAACAAAGCUUAAAGUGGAACUGGAUGAGCAAGAAAAGAUUAAAAGUAUACCAAAACAAGAUAAAGUUGUUGAUUUCACUAAUCUUGUUGGAUCAAAAUCAAAUUUAUCAGCUACUUAUGGCUCUUUAGUUUCAUCAACAUUUAUAUCAUCGCCUAUAAGUCCUUACAAUUUAGAUUCUCAAGAUAUUGUCCACCGAAAUACACAAGAUUUGGAGUCUUCAAUAACUAAAUCAUUUACUUCAUCAGUAUGUACUACAAAUAAUUCAUCAGAUCAGAGCACAAAUAGCCCAAGUAAUUCUUUAAAAGUAGCUACUCAAAAUACAGUUUAUAGUCCCGGAAUACCUUUGUAUAUGUUACCAAAUUAUUACUGCUUACCUAGACCAUAUGAUCCUACAAACUAUACAUCUCCGACUCAAACUAUCCCAAUUUGGUCUUCACCAACAUUUAUUCAACAUCCUCAAUCAAUAUUUAAUCCAUUCUUUAACAUACAGAUGCAGCAACUUAUCAAUGGUAAUAAUCCAUUGUUAUAUAGUAUUGCUCCCAACUAUAAUAUUUCUCCAAGUGAGAAUUUUACUCAGAUGAACAAUAACUAA